GGAAUUGGGCGAGCCAAUAAGAGAGCCAGCGGUAUGUAGCCCCGCCCACGCAGACACGUUGCCUCUGGAGAAGCUACACGGGGCUGAUAGCCGACUGUUCCGAAUCUACACUCACUCACACGCUGCACGUUCAGCACAUCAGCUGCUGUCUGCCCGAGAGACGCCGCUGCCACUGCGGCCACCGCUGCUGGAUCUACUGCCUGACAAAGGAAGCAGCAGCCGCUCCAUCACCGGGAAGUAACAGAGGUUCCCCCCCCUCCCUGUCAGGUUAGUGAUGGUCAGUGCGUGUUAGAGCCUGCGUCCAAGGAUGUCUGCCACAGAUUCGGACAACUCCAUCGACUGGCUGGCCAGUGACAAUGAGGACAACGAGGAGAGCGAACAGGAGGCUGAUUGUAUCAGAAAUCCCAGUCAGACACAGCCUCCCCGCUCCCCGUCCCCAAGCGUCCGGCCACACCUGGAGCCGUCUGACGAUGGCUGCCGCCGGAGCACUGAGGUGAAGGAGGGCGACAGUAAGCGCAGGAAGGUCGCGGAGAACUGCGGCUGGGGAUCUUCCCCGGAGACUUUUGACAGUCAUAUUGAACUGUGUAAAGCCAAACAAGCAGAAAAGACUCACGACAAAGACACUCGGCGUGCACUGAAGAGGGCCCACAGCUUUGUAGAGUCACGGGAGGAGGAAGAGGAGGAGGAGGAAAGUGAGGACUGCAAGGACAAAAACCUCAAUUCCAACAUGUCUGACAAAGACAGAUUCUUCACCAGUAAGUGCAUGGAGCUACAAUGCUACAUUCAUCCACUGUCAUUAAUCCUGAAUGGCCUGCGUGCUGGGAGAUACAGACAACGACUCAGCAGUUUCCAGGAGAGUGUGGCCAUGGACAGGAUUCAGAGGAUCAUGGGUGUCCUGCAGAACCCCUGCAUGGGAGAGAAAUAUGUCCAUAUAAUUCUCAAGAUGGAGGAAAUGCUAAGGAGCUGGUUCCCUGAUGUAAAACUCCAAGACCAAGUCGUUGUCGCGCAGACGGAGAAAGCCGUUCCGACCAAGAAAUCCAGGCUGUGUCCAGUGCCCACCACUGCAGCCGCGAUCCCCGUCACCGUCAGUGACUCUCCAGUCGGAGCCAAAACCCUGAGUGUCACCGACCUCACGCCCGGCGGAGCUUACACUGCCAACAACCUGAAGUGGCUCCACACCUCGCCCAUCUGCUCCCCCACAGCUGAGCAGGCCUCGGCCAGUCCCAAGCUCCUGCGGUCCCCCAGAGACAGAGACGACAGAGACCUUACCCAGGAUAACGCUGUGUCCUCCAGCACAGACGCCCACACUAAGACAGACACUGUGCUCAGACGUCUCCCUCCGGGCAAAAUCAAUGCGCCGUGUCUAGAGAGGCUCCUCAAGUCGACGGAAAGCAUCAUCACUCGUAGAGAGACACAGGGUUUGAUGGACAGCUCGUGGUCCUAGUCCACACAGAGGACUGGGCGUCCAGCUGUUUUGCACUGCACAGCCCAGCCCAGUCUAGCCUUGCCCGACUUGCCUGGAGCCACUCAGCUUGCUUCGCCCAUUCCAGCCUUCAGGGAAGAGAUGGUAGCCUUCGAAAAGGACAAACACUUUUUUUUUGUUUUUUUCCUUCUUAAUGUGGAAGGAGCAUCAACAAACGUGUUGUGCUCUCUGUUGUGCGGGAAUGUGUCCACUCUUACAUGACAAGUGUCUGCUUUAGUUCCCUUUUGUUGAUUGACUUUGUUUUGUUGUUUGCACUCUUGAAUAGCGUGUGUUUGAGUAGCACAGGUAGAUUUUCACGUGCUGGGAUCAUCAACGCUGGUGUUUCCACACGAUGAAUCGUCCCCACUGGUGUGUAGAUACAACAGUACAGUUUGAUUAUCUGCGAAAACUGCCGUGAUGCUAGAAAGGGAAGGAGCUGCUAUUGUGGUUAGUCAGUCCUGCGAGGGAGUGAUUCAGAUAUUCAGACAUUCAGACAUGUUUGUGGUCUACGUGUUGUUGUGCUGAAAACGUGGGUGAAAAUGUGACCUUCUCCCCCGCGCCCCCCCGCCCCCUCCCCCCACUCCACCUUUGAGUUUAUUGAUGUGACUGUUACUCAUGUAUACUUUCUAAAGAAGUCUUUUGGUACAACUGUACUACCUCAGUGGGCACCAUGUCAUAUUUGCGGAGUAGGAACGGAAAGGCUGCACUCAAAUCUGCGAGCCCCCUCAGCGGUUGUGCAGCGCGGCCUCCAGUUUGACUCCUAUCCCACUUGUACAAACAGAGGAUGCUCUCUCCAUGGGGAUGCUAUUGUGGCCUGACUAGUGCCAUUGUCAUGAAUGUCAACUGCAGAAUUCUGUCUCUGAGUUUCCCAGUUGAAGGCAAACAGUGCCUGUAAUGUCAAGCUGUGCCUGAAAGCUGGGUUAUAAAAAAUAAAAAUUAAAUUACAAGGAGGCAAGAAUAUCUGCUCCUCUGUGGGAAUGUACAGAUCAGGAACUCCUUUACGCAACCACCAUUGUCCUGUAUUGAGUAAAUUAUUCAGAUCUUGCCAACUACUUCUGCAGUGGGGUAGAUUCUUUUUUUUUCUUUCUAAUUUUCAUUUUGCCACAGACUUGGAUAAAUCCCAGACCAGACCAGCAGAGAGCAACAAGACUUUUGGCUGUGUAAAUCCCGCAGGAAGUUGGUCCAUCUACCCUGAAAAGUGGCCUUUAUGGUGUGAAAUUUUAUACUUUCGAAAUAAAUGUGGUUAUUAUUUGUUUGAUGCAA